AUGUAUUCCUUAAUAAAAAGAGUGAAUACUAUUAGACAGCAACCUUUUGUCAAAUGUGUUAGAAAUUUAAAUUUGCCUAAGAGAUCAAAUUUAACUGUUCCUUAUAAUACCGGACAACCUACCCACGAAACAAGACCUCAUUAUUUACCUUCGCCUGGCAAUAUCACUCCAGGAAUAAGUGCUCUUGAAUAUUAUGAUCGUAGACUUGAAUUGGCAAAGCAAUUGCCUGUAAAAUCAUUGGCAAUUCUAGUGGGAAAUGAGGUACAAUUUAGUUCCGGAAGCGUAUUUUAUGAUUUUCAGCAAGACAAUAACUUGUACUAUAUGACAGGAUGGCUAGAACCCAACUCGGUAGCCAUUAUUGAGAAACAGCAUGAUAGAGGUAAUGAGGAAGAUGUUAUUUUGCAUAUGUUAGUACCACCUAAGAAUCCGCAAAUAGAAUUAUGGGAAGGUGAAAGACUGGGGUUACAAGGAGCGUACGAUUUUUUUAAUGCAGAUUAUGUUGAUGAUAUUAAUAAUGUUAAGAAAUAUGUUGAAAUACUAUUAUCUAGAAAUGAUAUCGUCUAUUGGGAUGACAAGUCAAAUGGUGUACCAGGAUCAUCAAGUAAAUUUUCAUCAUUCUUUAAUUUAAACGUCUUGAACAAAAAUUCUUCCAGUAUUCAAGAACUUAUCAAAAGCACUAAUAAGCAGGUCAAGCCAUUAAAUAGCAUGAUUGCACAACAGAGAUCUAUCAAAUCUUUCAGUGAAAUUGAAGUGAUGCAUGCAGCUGCACAAAUAUCUAGUAGGGCUAUCAACAAAGCCAUGGGAAAGGUAGGUUCUGAAUCUCCGCUUAAGUCGGAAAAAACUUUAGCAAAAUACCUAGAUUAUCAAUUCGUUAAAGGUGGUUGUGAUAAGCAGGCUUAUAUUCCCGUCAUAGCCAGUGGGCCAAAUGCAUUAACAAUUCAUUAUACAAGAAAUGAUGAUUUGUUAUAUAAAGAUGAAUUGGUUUUUAUUGAUGCUGGUGGGAAGUUGGGAGGUUAUUGCUCGGAUAUUUCAAGGGCAUGGCCAAACUCACCAAGUGGAUUCAGUGAACCACAAAGAGAUAUCUAUGAAAUUGUUUUGAAAGUUAACAAACAAUGUAUUGAUUUGUGCUACGAGAGUAAUGAUGUUUCAAUAAAUAAUCUUCAUGAAUUCUCGGUUGACAGUCUAACUAAGGAAAUCAAAAAGUUGCCUGGGUUUUCAAAUGUAUCAAAAUAUGAUGUUUCAAAAGAUCUCUUCCCACAUUAUAUUGGUCAUCAUUUAGGAUUAGAUCUUCAUGAUAUUCCAUCAGUUUCAAGGUUUCAGAAGAUUAAAGAAGGAAACGUAAUCACGAUUGAGCCUGGAUUAUAUAUUCCAAUGAACGAUAAAUAUCCUAAAUGGUAUCAAGGUAUCGGAAUCAGAGUUGAAGACGAUGUCGUCGUGGGUAAUUCCAGAAAUGAUAUCGUGAAUUUGACUAGCGGUUGCGUUAAAGAGAUUGAAGAUAUUGAAUCAUUAAUUAAAAAUGGCGUAACUACACCGGGCAUUAAUGAUGAAUUAGUUAUCUUAGAUAUUUGA